CGAUGGGACGCGGCCUCCCAGGCGAGUCGCUGGUCUCCGUUGAUGCCCGGACCAGCCCUGUUGUGCUGGCGGACUCGCUGACCGACUUUCUGACUGACUUUGUGUGUGUGUGUGUUUUUUUUUGUGUCUUUUCGCUGUGAUUUGAUCACCGGCGCUUGAAUGCAUCACGGGGAGGCGUGACAUUAGCAACACAAACGUACACACAGACACACACACACACACACACACACACACACAGAGAGAGGCAGCCAGAGCCACCCUGAAAGAUGUCUGGGACCGGGACCGCAUCUGCGACCCCGCACUCCGCAAAAACGAGAAAGGACGAAUCUUUCCUCGGGAAAUUAGGAGGAACCCUGGUGCGAAAGAAGAAGUCUAAAGAGGUGAGUGAUCUUCAUGAGGAGGGUAAGAAUGCCAUCAAUGCUCCCAUGCUUCCCACAGGGACAGACAUCCAUCCAGAGGACACACUGCUGGAGGAAAAUGCUGAGAGGAUCAUGUUGGACCCAACAUCGCGGGAAAAUCUUAAAUUCAAAGAUCUACUGAAGGUCCUGAUUGACUGGAUCAACAGUGAGUUGGAAGAAGACAGGAUCAUAGUCAAAGACCUGGAGGAGGACUGUUACGACGGACAAGUGCUCCAGAAGUUAUUUGAAAAAUUGUCAGGCCGGAAGCUGAACGUGGCCGAGGUGACCCAGUCAGAGAUCGGCCAGAAGCAGAAGCUUCAGACGGUUUUGGAGGCCGUUAACGAACUGCUGAGGCCUCAUGGCUGGACCAUCGAGUGGAGCGUAGACUCUAUCCAUUCGAAGAACCUGGUGGCUAUUGUCUAUCUUCUAGUGGCUCUCGCAAUGCACUUUCAGGCCCCCAUCAGACUGCCUGAGCACGUCUCUGUACAGGUGGUGGUGGUGAAGAAACGAGAGGGCAUCCUGCAGACUGCUCUAGUGACCAAAGAGCUGACCAGCACCACAGAAAUGAUGAUGGGAAGAUUUGAGAGGGACGCGUUUGACACUUUGUUGGAUCAUGCACCUGACAAGCUCAACGUGGUAAAAACGUCACUCAUCACCUUUGUGAACAAACACCUUAACAAGCUGAACCUGGAAGUUACUGAGCUGGAGUCUCAGUUUGCUGAUGGAGUGUACCUGGUAUUGCUGAUGGGGUUGCUAGAAGACUACUUUGUCCCUCUGUACAACUUCUUCCUCACCCCUGAGAGCUUUGAACAGAAGGUCCACAAUGUGGCAUUUGCCUUUGAGCUGAUGCAGGACGGAGGCCUGAAGAAACCCAAAGCCAGACCAGAAGAUGUUGUCAACCUGAACCUCAAGUCCACCCUCAGAGUUCUUUACAACCUGUUCACCAACUACAAAAACUCUGAGUGAACUUUUCCAGUUUCACCCGCUGACAUUAUACUCUGAACACUGUCCUGUGCUUGUGCUGAUAUUAUGCAUUUUAGUCUGGACACUGGAGGAGACCAACUGGGACUGAAAGUCAUUAUGUGGGACUUAAAAAGACCCAGGGGGAGUAGCCGGAAAAAGGCUCUGAAUGUUAGUAUUUAAUCUUCCCAAAAUGUCAGUAUUUAUUUAGUCCUUCCUUGAAUGUUAACUGCAACCCAGGAAACCAUGCAACCAUUAUCACUGCAUUUGAAAACACAGCCAUCACAGGAAAAAUGUGUGAGGGCGGACUGUUAAAACUGGAAAACAUUUGUGUCAAACUCAGUUGCUUAUCUCCAGAUAAUUUAGGAAAGUUGAAAACGCUGUUAUAUAUUAUGUAGUAUCUAAAAAUGCUUUGUAUAAAUAUUAAAAGAAAUGUUUGACAUUUUGGGAAAUAUGCUUAUUCGCUUUCUUGCCAAGAGUUUGAUCGAUACAGCCAACAGUUAGCAACUAACGUUAGUCUGGCUUGUCUGUUCGAAGGUAACCAAAUCGGCCUAACAACACCUCUAACAUUCACUUAACAUGUUAUAUCUCGUUGUUUAUUCCAAACAAAAACCAAAGUGUAAAAACGCCAAGUUGUAGUUUUGCAGAGAACUUUAACUAUGGACCUUUUUAAGUAGCUUAACCAGAUCAAAUUGCGUGAACUCCACCAGAGUCUGAAGCUGAGAUGGCAGUUACUGCUCCUCUGCUAAGCUAGUUACCAUUAGAGGGAGUUCAGGUGGGCUUUUUUUUUUGUGUGUCAUCAUGACUGGACUUAAGUGCUGCUUGAUUUACUUAUGUGGAAUAACAAACGGAAUUACAAAGAUAUUAAUUCAUCAGAAGUGAUAUUUUUCAUUUAUAGAUAACCGGGAAAAGUCAUUACAAAAAUUUGGUUUUUGCAUGAAGGCUAGCCGUGGCUAUCUCGCCAGCUAGCUUUCAGUUGAUAACGCUAGCUCCCCUUCCUUAACUGUGUAGUUGGCUUUUUCUCUGUGACAGACUGCAGCUCAUGUUUUACAUCAGUUUGGUUUCAACUCUGUUAGUGUCUGCAAAUUUAAGAAGCAGUUUGACAUAAAUACUUCAGUAGAUUGUAAAACAGAUGUCAAAAAGUCAGAUCUGGUCUGGUCUCGGUUUUCACCAAAUAUCUAGUUACUGCAUUUUGCCGCCGUAGGGCAGUGCUGUUUACCUCUGCUUCCAGUCUUUAUGCUAGGUUAAACUAACCAGCUUUGGGCUGUAGCUUCAUAUUUAAAGAAAUAGUUUGACAAUUUGGGAAAUAUACUUAUUUGUGUUCUUGCUGGGAAUUAAAUGAGUAGAUUGAAACCACUCAUGUCUGUACAGCAGAUGUAAGGUACAGCCAGCAUCCUGUUAGCUUAGUUUAGCACAAAGACUGGAAAUGGGGAAACAUUUAAUCUGGCUCUGCCCAAUGGUAACAAAAUUCACAUACCAGCACCUCUAAGAUCACAAAUGAGCAUAUUACAGUAUAUCUUGUUUAUUUAAUCUGUGCAAAACCAGUGUAAAAAUGAUGAAUAGCCGUGUUACAUUGGGUUAUGCAUAGGACUGUUUAACUCUCUGCAACAAAGCAAUUAAGCUUACUUCUAAAAAUGUCGAACUAUUCCUUUAAGAAAUUUGAACAUGUUGUGUAUUAUAUAUUAUAUAGUACCUGAAAAUGCUUUGGAUAUUCUUAAUUUAGCUAGCUAUACAUACUAUAAUCACUUUUGUUAAAAGCUGAAGGAACUUUGAAUGGUUCUUGUUUAGUCUGAACUAUGCACACCACAUCUCAAGCCAUACUUAAAAAGCUGACGCUUUUGCCUCUUACCUUAAGUGCAGCUUGCUCUUGCCAUCCCAGGAGAGCAGCAGUCAGAGUAUCUUCACAUUGACUGACCUUUCAGACGAGUCCCAGAGGAGGCCUGGACCCGCAGUGCCACCUGGAGACCUGCUAAGAUGUACAGUGCAUGCAUUUUAGAGACAGGCUGAAUUAUUGAGAGAGUGGGUGAGUCAAUCUACACUGCGCUUGCACUGGAUGGCUCAGCCCUGUGAAAUUUUUUUUUAUCUUGCCUAUCAAGAAAUAAAUGCCUGGAAUUAAAACAGAAUGAGUAUUUCA